AUAUUUAUUUAAUUAAAUAAACGUUUCUUUUGAUAUAAAAAUUUGAAUUUCAUAAAAUAUAAUUUAAUAUCAUUUGCAAAUAUUUUUUCCUGAACAGUACAAAUUUUUAGAAAAAUUAUUCUGACCGGAAAAUUGAAAAUGCCUCUUCAGAGUUAUGAUAUCGCUGCCAGUUUCUUUAACGUAGUGUUAGACAUUUUCUUCCGUGAAAUAAGCCCUCGUGGAUCACAUAAAAUACCGAAGGAGGGACCAGUAAUAUUUGUUGCCGCGCCUCACGCAAAUCAGUUUGUUGAUCCAUUAAUCUUGAUGAGGGAUUGCCAACGGCGCGUUUCAUUCUUGAUUGCAGAAAAAUCGAUGCACCGUCGAUACAUAGGAAGAAUGGCUCGCGCUGUUCAUGCAAUUCCAGUCACAAGACCUCAAGAUUUAGCUAAACCUGGAAUAGGACGAAUCCAACUUCUCAAUCGCAAAACUGAUCCAACUCGAAUCACUGGCAUCGAAACUGCGUUUACACAGCAAUUGACAAUUGGUUCACAAAUCGCCCUUCCUAUGGAUUACGGUUCAUCUGAAGUGAAAGAGAUAAUUUCGGACACCGAAUUGAUUAUAAAAAAAGAAUUCAAAGAUCCAAAUGCUUUAGACAUGCUUACAGAUCCAGAAGGAACAUCUUAUAAGUGUAUACCGCAUAUUGAUCAGAGUCAAGUGUAUAGAAUUGUUUUUGAUACUUUGAAAGCUGGUCAUUGCAUUGGAAUAUUUCCAGAGGGUGGCAGUCAUGACCGCACAGAAAUCUUACCCCUUAAAGCUGGCGUCACAAUAAUGGCUUUAGGAGCUAUUGCUAUGAAUCCUGAUCUGAAUGUCAAAAUAGUUCCGUGUGGUUUGAAUUAUUUUCAUGCCCAUCAUUUUAGAUCACGUGCUGUUAUAGAAUUUGGAACUCCAAUUUCUAUUACACCUGAUUUAGUAGAGAAAUUUAAGGAAGGUGGCUCAUCAAAAAGAGAAGCUUGUUCUAAACUAUUGGAAAUAAUUUACAACUGUUUAAAAGCUGUGACUGUUAAUACUCCAGAUUACGAGACACUAAUGUUCAUACAAGCUGGACGUCGGUUAUAUAAGCCAGCUCAUAGGAGGCUUCCGAUUUCUCAAAUUGUUGAAUUAAAUCGGCGAUUUGUGGCCGGAUAUGAGCAUUUUAAGGAUGACUCGAGAGUUCAGGAAAUGCGAAAAAGGGUUAUGGAAUAUAAUAGGCUAUUAAAAUAUCAUGGAUUAAAGGAUCAUCAAGUUAAUAAGUUAUCUAUGGGAGGUACUAGAGCUGCCGGAUUAUUGUUUUAUCGAGUGAUGCUAUUAGCAACAUGGGGUAUUUUAGGUUUGCCAGGGUUUAUUCUAAACCUACCACUCGUAAUAAUUGCGCGUAAAAUUAGCGCAAAAAAGGCCAAAGAAGCUGUUCGUGGAUCGUCAGUCAAAGUGGCCGGACGUGAUGUGCUUGCGACGUGGAAAUUACUAGUUGCUCUUGUUGUUACACCAACCCUUUAUGGCUUCUAUACAUUCAUUGUAGUGCUCAUUUCAUUUAAAAAAAAAUGGAUAUUAAAAUGGAAAGUUUUUGCUCCUAUAUCGACUUUUUGCACUUUAGUUACGGGAAGUUAUGUAACGAUUAGAUUGUAUGAGAGCGGAAUUGAUAUUUACAAAUCAAUUCGUCCACUUUUUCUGUCAUUACUUCCAUGGGCCAAAUCUUCUAUUAAAAAUUUACGCACAGUUCGUGAACAACUGUCAACCGAUAUUACUAGUCUUAUCAAUGAGUUGGCACCACAAAUUUAUCACGAUUUUGAUGCUGAAAGAAUAGCUCAGACAGUAGAACGUACCGCAAUACCUACAUCUUCUAAGAGUUUAUUCCAAUCACCAAUAGACUGGCUAGAUGAUAGGGUAUUUAAUUGGGAACGUCAAGGAGAAACAUCAGAAUUUGAUGAUGCAAUUUACUUUUUAGAGAAAAAUAAUGGAAGCACGUCAGGUCGUAGUAGAACAAGUUCAUGGGCUAGUGGAUCAAGUUCAAGGCCUAGAAGUAGAGCACCUUCAGGAGAACAUCAUCGAGUUGAAGCACUAACAUGGUUAUCUAGAACUACACCUUUCUCAGAACUAAAUAGAACUACAAAGAUCAAAAGUAAGGAUUCCGAAGAGGAUUCCGGAUAUCAUGGAGAUAAAGAGGAUGAAAAUAGCCUAAAAAACUAACUUUGAUUGUUUCAGUAAGUUGUAUUUAGAGAGGAUUGAAGGUCCGUUUAAUUAUAUUGAUUUUAAAAUAUGGAGAAUUUUUAUUUUUACGCAUUCUGCAUAAAACGUUGGUUUGCAGAGUUUAGGUUAGGUUAGGCUUAGUACGCUAGUUAAUAUGCUUAUUUGGAACUUUUGUAAAAAAAAAAAAACUAUAUGUCACAUUAUUUGAUACACUGCAAAAAAUAAAUCUAAGUAUAAUGUACAUUAUAUUAAAUUAAUUGUGUAUCAAA